AUGGGAUUAAACAUUGAGAACGUUGAUUGCUUACUGUGUGGUUUGGAGGCUGAGUGUAAAGACUAUUUGUUUUUUGGUUGUACCUUAGCAAAAGGCUUAUGGGGAGCUAUUCUUGCUCUUUGUGAUGUUUAUUGGGGGGUCAGUUGCUGGGAUGGUGAGUUAGCUUGGGCAAUUCGCUACUUCAAGGGAAAGUCUUUCAUUGUGGGAGUGCUUCGACUUACUUGGACUAGCCACAUCUAUGGUAUUUGGAAGGAGAGAAACUGCAGACUCUAUGGAGGUAGAGCGCGGUUAGUGGAUGAGGUUCUACAGGACAUCAAAGAUGCUUUGCGUGUCCGUAUGGAGGGUAAAGCUAUCAAUAGAACUGAUCCUAGAAAUGCUAUCAUCUGUGCUAACUGGGGCAUUUCCUAA